AUGGGUCUCACUGACGCAAGCCUCCCUAUCCUGGAGAAGUCAGAGGAGGCGAUCCUGGAGUCGAGAGUGUUGAUUAUUAUGACUGGCGGUACAAUUUGCAUGCAGCAGUCACCACAUGGAUUCAUUCCCGCCCGAGGAUUCCAAGAAAAAUGCAUGGCGCGAGUUCCGUCGUUCAACGAUGGUUCGUUGUCGACUCCGAUGGACGUCAUCACCAACUCCAAGGGCGACGUCGUAGCGCACCCUAGCUUGAGUACCCCAGUGACGACCUAUGGCCGUAAAGUACGGUACACGGUCUAUGAGUUCGAAGAGCUUCUUGACAGCAGCUCCAUCAACGCGAAAGGUUGGGCUGAGAUCGCGCAGUCCAUCUAUCAGAACUACACGCUGUUCGACGGUUUCGUCAUCUUGCACGGCACAGAUAGUUUGGCGUACACUUGCUCUGCAUUGAGCUUCAUGCUUCAGAAUCUCGGAAAGCCCGUUGUGCUCACGGGAUCUCAGGCCCCAAUGCUGGAACUCCAAAAUGACGCGACGGAUAAUCUGCUUGGGUCAUUGGUUGUGGCGGGUCAUUUCAUGAUUCCCGAAGUGUGUUUGUACUUCAACAAUAAGUUGUUUCGGGGUAACCGGACGACCAAAGUUUCUGCAAGUGAUUUUGCGGCUUUUGAUGCCCCGAAUUGUCCCCCGUUGGCUAUGACCACGUCGAUGCGGACCAAUGUGAAUUGGGACAUGGUGCACCGACCCACGAGCCUGGCGCAUUUCCGGAUCCAGACAAAUUUGGACACGACUCAUGUCGCGUGUCUUCGUAUUUUCCCUGGUAUCAAGCCGGAGAUGGUGGAUGCUGUGUUGAAGCUGGAUGGGCUGCGCGGUCUGAUCUUGGAGACUUUCGGAGCUGGCAAUGCGCCAUCUGGACAGGAUAAUGCUAUGAUUAACGUAUUGGCCAGCGCCAUCCAACGAGGAAUUGUGAUUAUCAACGUCACUCAAUGUCUCACUGGCAGUGUCAGUCCUGUGUAUGCCACCGGCAUGAGUUUAUCGCGAGCAGGUGUUGUGGCUGGUCUUGACAUGACCACCGAGGCCGCACUGACAAAGCUCGCUUAUUUACUCGCUUUGCCAGAUUCCACCCCGGAGUCCGUUGCGCAGAACAUGUCGAUCUCCCUUCGGGGCGAGCUGACCGAAUCAUCUGUUCCGGUGUUCCGCCAUCCCGACGGGGUGCUGCCCGAGCGCGUACAAACGCUCACCGUAAUGGGUUACGCCAUCGCACAGGGCGAUCUCGACAAGGUCAAAACGAUCAUGAAGACAGAACAGCACUGGCUACUGAACGACGCCGAUUAUUCCGGCAACACACCCAUGCACUUGGCGGCCACAUCUCCCGCCAUCUCUAUACUCCACUUCCUUCUCUCACAGGGUGGAUCUGUCCAUCUACGCAAUCGCAACGGUCGCACACCACUAUUCCUGGCUGCGAACUCUGGCCUGUCGGAUCAUGUGCUCCUUCUCCGUAAAUCCGGAGCCCACUUGCACUCAGGCGAGAGGCCCGCUGCUGAGCUCCUAGCUCGUCGCAGACCAGGCGUAUGGGGACUAGCGGGCAUAGACCCCAGAGAAAACAAUCAGCGCGAACUUGACGAGGACGAUAAUGGCGCCGGGCGCAGUCGGACGAUGGCCGGGUCAGCGCCCUAA